AUGGAAGAGGUUGUCCGCAUCCGGCGCGGCGAGGUGGCGAAGCCGGAGCUCAGCGGUCGGCUGCUGGGGCCGCCGGAGGUCAAGGAGCUGUGCGAGGCGCUCGCCUGCACCAAGGCCGUUAGGGCCCUGGAGCUGGACAGUAACCGGAUCGGCGACGAGGGCGCUGCAAGUCUGGCCGAGACGCUGGCAGGGGGCAUCGACAUCAACUUCUUGGAUCUGACCGACAACGGCAUCGGCGACGCAGGCGCGAUUGCGCUGGGCUCCCGCCUGGGGGGCAACCGCUCGCUGCGCCAUCUGGACCUGACGUCGAACGAGAUAAAGGGCGACGGGGCAUUGGCCCUGGGCAGGAUGCUCACAGUGAACAGCGGGAUCAAGCAGCUGACGUUGUGUGAAAACAUGGUUGGCGCGCAGGGUGCUCGGGCGAUCGGUUUGGCCCUCCCAAGCAACCAGUCGCUGCGGAUCUUGAAUCUCCGCAAGUGUGGCCUCGGUCCAGAGGGGGCCAGGUUCAUCGCGCAGGGUCUGAUCAGCACGAACACUGCCCUGGCAGAGCUGAUCGUGGGGCUGAACGAGGUCGGGGACGAUGGUGCGGCGGGAUUCGCUGAGAUGAUCAGGAUGAACCGGUCGCUUCAGGAGCUCUACGUUGACGGCAACGACAUCACAAGUUUCGGAGCAGGAUUGAUUGCCGAGGCACUGCUGGACAACGAUUGUCUGCAGACACUCUGGAUGGUGAGGAACGAGCUGGACGUUGAUGUCGUUGCUCAGUUUGCCAAGGUCUUGUCCAAGAACGUGGCGCUGAGGCGCCUUGGCCUCACGGCCAAUGACACUCUGUCCUCAGAAACUCUCGGGGAGAUGCAGAGGGCGACCGAGAAGAGGAGACCGCCUGCACCGCCACUGGAGGACCUCAGCGUCGACAGCAUCGACCUCUGCAGCGACGACGAGCCGCGGGUUCGAGGUGCAUCGACCACGCCGCAGGGUCGCACUGCCCAGGGGAUGGCCCUGCCUGGGAAGCGGCGCCGCCCGGAGCGAGGCGCCCGAGAUCCCGAGGGGGGCGUCUGGUCGCGGUCCCGGUCGCCCGGCAAGGCCCUCUCGGCAAAGGACGGGGUGCUGCCCGUGCCCGCGCCGCGGAUCGCGGCGCGGUCCCGCUCGCCCAGCACGGCCCGCGCGUCGGGGGAGGGGGCCACGCUGCGGGUGCGCGUGGAUCCCCGGGCGAGGGAGAGGGUGGGGCAGCAGAUCGUCAUGCUGGACGACAGCCUCCAGGUCGAGGAGCUGCUCCUGAUGAAGACCAGCAGCACGCAGCCCGUCUCGCAGGUCGACCUGUCCGAGGACGUGCCGCGUGCCUCGCCCGCGGACACCGCGCCCGUGCCCGAGGACGUCGGCUCGCCGCGGGGCCUGGUAUGA